AUGACAGACCCUUUCUCAGUCACCGGUACUGCAGUCGGCAUAGUUUCGCUUGGUCUGCAGACUUUCCAGAUUCUUUACAAGUACUGUUCCGAUUUUAAAAGCUUCCCUCGCGAUGUUGAAGCCAUCCAAAGGCAAAUCAGAGGCCUUGAAGGUAUCCUAGAAGGGCUCUGCGAGGUCAAAGAACAACUAGAAAUCGAUAAUCAUACGCCGUCUUCGCAAUUACAUAUGGCUUUGAAGGAGUGUGAAGAAACGUUGUAUGAGCUCAAGAGGAUGGUAGAGAAACGGAACCCCAUUUCACAGUCAGAUGGUAUUCAAACUCAACUUCGAGCCGUGAAGGAGAGGAUGCUCUGGCCGUAUAGGAAGGAAGAUCUCAAAGAGGUGCGGUCGUCGCUUGCAAAGUUCCAGGCGAAUCUAGCUUUGGCUCUACAGUGUGCCGGCCUUGACGGCGCGUUACGUCGGUUGAGAGAGGUGCAUACUGAGCUCAUUGUUCAACAAAAACAGGCGAUUAGGGUGGAACAGACCCUCAAUGAAAAUACGGAAGUGCUGCAAAUGAUUCGUCGAGAUGUUGCUUCGCAAAGCCCUGGUCUGUUGAAGAUAUAUGAUGAAAUUAUGAGUCUUCGAGCUCAGCUUUCAGAAAAUAUUGUAUCUGUGGAGAUUGGUAAACACCCGUUGGCGGAUAGCGACUUGUCUUCUCGGAAGUUGACCCUCACAUCACCGUCAACAGCAUAUGCUUUCUCACAUAAAGGAGAUCAUGAGUGCACGUCCCAGCUUUCAAAACAGAGCUGUUUCGCCCAAAUUGAAAAGUCUAAUUCAUGCCACUGUCGCUCGAAACGGAAGCGGAAAGUUGAGUCCAGAAGAUGGUAUAAGAUCCUGACAGAUGAAGCCUAUGAUCACCAUAAAGACUGCCCUCGAUCCACAUACGGUGACUACACUAAAUCCGUUGCUAUUCAGCUUUCCAUAUACAACAGUUUGCUAAAGUUCUGUGUGCAGAUAGGUUGGCAGUGUUCGAGAAAAGGGGGCUGGAAUUCGCCAGCACCCGUGCUAAGACAUCGGGCUGUGGCUCCGCAAGACUCACCGGUGUUCAGAAUCUUAAAUUCUGCAAUCGAGAAAAUUGAUUAUCGAGAUUCAUACGAGCAAGGAUGUAGCCAGAUGGCAAUCAUUUUCCCAACCAUUGCACCUAAACUCCAACAGGAGUUUCGAAAGGGUGCUUGUCCUACUAAUCUUGAUACGAGAGGAAAUGGAAUUUUAUAUGCUGUCCUUCACCUUAUAGCUCUCGCAAUAGAUUUGAUGGACUCUAGAGAGAAAUUCAUGAGCGCUGUGUCUAAGGUCAUUGAUGUGUGUUUCGACGCGGGUGUACCUUUCGACGAUCAAGAUGCCGAGGGACGCAAUCCGGUCGAAUAUUGGCUGUUAAGACCAUUGGCGUACCCUCACCAUACACAUGAAUGGAAGUUGCGCUAUGGUCAUGUUUUGUUUUGUGUUGCAAAGAGGACAGAAAGCUGGUCUUUCGCACUAUUUACACCAUAUCCACUGAACUCUUUUUCAUAUCAGAUAGUCUUUGACAACAUCUCAGCUCUUUUGCAAUUAGAGUCGUUUUCCAACACAUUUACUGAAGAUGACUCCCGACGUGAAGUCAUAUUUCGAAGGUCAGAACUCGACUUCGCCACUCGCCUGAUAGCUCCAGGUGUUGACACUUGGGCAUCUUUGUUCGCAAAAUACGAUUCUGUGUCUGCGCUAGCAUCAUGGCCUGGAGGCCUGACCAUGAUGUUAUCUAAUCCCAACGUAAGUUUAUCACAGGAUCUUCUAGAAAUGCUAUUGGAAGCAGCUAUCACAAUGAGGAAUAUCAAGUCCAUCGAGGUCUUGUUGAACUACGAAGUCCCCAUAACACGGAAAACCUGGGACGACAUAACACGUCGUUUUUUCGAAUUUGAGAGUCAUGACAAACAGACCAAUUUUUCGUUGACCAAGAUUUACCAUCACAUUGCGAGUCAUCUCUACGAAGACCACAACGCUGGUUCAGAUGAUCAAAUCAAAGCGGAGGAAAUUCAUGAUCUCGAGCGCGACGACAUCGAGGUUCUUGAGAGGGUUGUCGCGGAGUUGGAGGGAAAAUGGACCAGAUACAAGAAGCCUUUUGUCACUUUCAUGAAUCGAGUGUGGAGGCCUCGAAUGCGAAAGAUUCGCCGGGAUCCAGAGGUCGAUAAGGCCACCUACGAAGCUAAAUUAGUUCGGAUGGGAGUCAAAUUGAAAGAGCCGGAUGAGAAAACGGAUUCGGCAAUUGAUUCUGAUGGAGAAAGUGAUGCAAGUUGGCCGGACGACUAUGAAGAUGCUGAUAGUGAUGGAUGGUAUACAACCGACGAGGAUACAGAUGAAAUAGAAAAUCAUAGAGUAGGGAGUAGCUAGAGGUUGAGCUGUUUGGAAAGGUGGU